UCACCUGAGAUAUAAUUUAAGCAAAAUGGAAUUUGAAGAGCUCAAGUAUGAGAACAAAGAUGACCUGAAUGAAAUUGCUGAUCCAUCUGAGUUAGAGGAUUUCCAAAAGGAAUGUAUCUACACACCACUUUCCUUAGUAAAUCCGACUCCUUAUGAACCUUCUAAUGAAGACUACAUUAUGAGAGAGCAUGAUGGGAACGCAGACGAAGAUUGGGACGAGAAAAAUAAUCUUGUGAAUGAUGUGCCUAUUGAAAGAGACAGCUUGAUAGGAUUUGGAAUACACAAAAGAAAGCCAAAGCUGCUUAUUUGUAUUACCAUGUACAAUGAGCCACCAAAGCAACUGGUAGAAUCCCUCGCUGGAAUUUAUCGUUCAUACUACGAAUUGAUCGACCUUGAUCCUACCUUUCUGAAUCGUGUGCACAUCGUCAUUGUCUCUGAUGGGUACGGCCCUCUUAUGGAAAAGCCUGAACACCUAAAAUGCUACGACAAGGCUAAUAUUCAUGACAUUAAGAAGCUCAGUGAGAAGAAUUACACUACAAAUGUCUUCAAAGCAGGCUUUGAGGACACAAAGACUGUAUUCAACAGACUUCUCUUCAUCAAUUCAGAGAAUAUGAUCAGUAGAGAGGACAAGCGUGGCCAGCAAGAGGAGGAAUAUAAGGAUGAAGAAGAGAAGCUCGAAGCUAGGAGAAGAAGCUCCAUGAAAGGAAAUAGUGGACCUAAGAAGAAGUAUAGAGAUAUUAGAGCUUAUGGUGCUAAUAAUAUUGGCCAUUGUUUCUCAAGAGCAAUGCAUUUCCAAGACUGGGAGCAGUGCUUGCCAAGAGAGCAGAGGGAUUUCCUUGUGGUUGAUAAUUAUGAAAUCUAUGAUUUCCUUGUCGGAAGUGAUGAGCAAGGAAGAGUUAAAGAUAGAAAAUAUGAACAUUUCAGUCUUCCUAUUCAUUUUAUUGUUAAGCAUAACAAUCAAGGUAAAAUCGAGAGCCACAAGUGGUUCUUCAAAGGCUUCUGUAGAAUGAUGGAUCCUAUCUAUGCACAGAUUAUUGAUUGUGGAUCUAUCCCUCUCUGGAACUCUAUCUCGAAGAUCAUCAUGCACAUGGAAACCUUCACUGAUGUAGGAGGAGCAUGUGGUGAAAUUGAAUGUAUUCUAGCAGAAAAGAAAGAAGAUGGAAUCGAGCCUGUCACUUUUGUAGAAAGUGUUCUCUUACGUGCCCAAUAUGUAGAGUAUAAGGUCUCUCAUUAUAUGGACAAGGCAACAGAGUCAUUAUUUGGAUUUGUCUCUGUGCUUCCAGGAGCAUUUUCUACUUUCCGUUGGGAGUGCAUCAAUGGAAAACCUCUUUCAGAAUUUCUAAAAGGAUGUAAAGAUGAAUUUGGUGAUGUUACAAAAAUUAUGCCUUGCGACACAGCCAAUAAAUACCUAGCUGAGGAUCGUAUAAUGUGCCUUGAAAUUAUUGCAAAGGCUCAUGCUUCAUUUAUCAUCCAUUAUAUUCCUGGUGCCAAAUGUUUGACAGAUCCUCCUCUCUCUCUAACUCAAUUAGUGAAACAAAGAAGAAGAUGGUUUAAUGGAUCCUUAUUUGCUACUCUACAUGUGAUGAAAUCGAUGUAUAGAAUCUGGGCAAGAAAAUGGACAUCCUUCUUCAGAAAUAUCUUCUAUAUGAUUCUCUACGCAUAUAUGAUCUUGCUUUUGAUCCUUUCUUAUUUAAUUGUAGGUCUGUUCUACUCUGCUUUCAGUAUUUUCAUUAGAGCAGUUCUUGAAUCAGACAACUGUCUCAAUGUCGCCAGGCUGUCAAAUAUUCUUGAAAACGUUUACUUGAUUUUCUUAUUCUUCUGUCUCAUGCUUUCUACUACAGUUCAAGUUAAUUAUGCAGAGACAGGAUUCCGACUUUGAUCCUUAGUAAUGGGACUUUUCACUAUAGUGAUGAUUUUCUGCUCUGUUUAUUAUGCUAUUGAUGACACUCAAAACAGAAAUGCUGUGAUCUUAAUAGGUAUUUUUAUAUUGUCAUAUAUGGUGCCUCUUAUACUUAACAUUAGCCAUCUAAAGUUGGCUGAUUUCUUGAAGGGUAUUUUCUAUGCUCUUUAUCUUAGUCCUACUUAUGCUAAUAUUUUCACCAUCUUUGCUAUUUCUAAUAUUCAUGAUGUAUCAUGGGGAUCAAGACCUGGAGGAGCCAGCAAAGAUAAGAAUAUAGAUGUAGCAAUUAGAAAAGCAGCUGCUCAAAAAGAGGAAGCAUACAAAGACUAUCGAGCUAAUUUUCUGAUCGUUUGGCUCUGUGCUAAUGCUGCUGUCGGAGGAAUUGUGACAUAUUGGUCAAGAAAUGGGCAAAAUGAUUUCCUGCUUUGGUUAGGAGUUCUUCUAUCAGCUGUUGUUGCCUUCAAGCUUAUAUUAUCUACAAUUCAUAAGUUAGUAUCAUACAUGCACAACUUCUUUAUAUGGAUUCAUGUUAGAGGUCUUGCAAAAAGACUUAAGAAUCAAAAUAUUGAAUCUUUUCAUAAUCAUGUCAGACAUAAAGAAAAAGAAGAUCAUGAAAUAGUGUUUGAAAAAUUCAGAGACAAAAACGCGAUUGACCAAGAAGAGGAAGAAGCUAACAAAAACAGAUUGGAUGAGAAAAUUCUGAGUUUCCAAAACCUGCUUCAAAAGAGCAUCGCUGCUGAUAAGCUUGAUAUGGAACUUGAUAGAUUCAAACGUAGCGUGAUUGCUUCACUCGGAGGAGGUGUUCAAACUCAACUAAAUGAGAAAAUCCAGGAGAUUGCUGCAAAGAAACAAGAAGAACAAGAUAGCUAUGAUCCCCUCGAUGAUGAAGAAAGUGAUGAAGAGCUAGACCCUAAGUCUAAUAAAGAUAAGAAGGGAUUCUUAGGAAAGAUACUUAGCAGAGACAAGAGCAAGGACUCUGAAGGUGGAAAGGAGAAGUUUGAAGAAAUCCCCGAAGAGACUAAUGAAGAGGAAUCUAAAAUGCUACCUGCCAAUGACGACUCAGAUGAAUCACAGUCUUCUGUGGAAGUCAAGCCGAAUGCUAUGAAGAGAGAUCAAGCUGAGGAUAGUAGCGAAGAAGACCCUGUUUCCGACUCAAGCAAUGAAUUUGAUUCUCGUCCAGGAUCAGACAGUUUCUAAGUUGAUGAUAUAAGGUCUCUGAGCGGAAUAAAAUGAACAUUUUGAGGAAAAACUAUUGAAUUUAGUUUAAAAUUGCC